AUGGUUUCACAGAAGAUACACUCCGGAACAAUGGCACAAGGACAUCGACCAGACCGCCAAUGGACUCCUACCAGUACACACUUCGAUCGCUCUGGCGUUCCCUUGGAAGGACCUACGAUCACAUACGGACGUGUACUUGGCGAAACGACAUGCUUCAGUGACCAAUACAGACGAAAUAACCAUCCAAACAAGGCGGUGGAUUUAGCGGCUUGUUCACAUCGGAUGACACACGAAGCGUUACUAGCUGUGCUUUCUCGUAUCUCCGCCGAGCCCGUGGACCAAUAUCUACAAGCCGUCGUUGCGUCUAGUCAGUGCAGCAACGUUAUAUCGUUCGUGCACGAUGGCCGUUGGGCCACACUCCUGAUACAGACUGCCCAAGAGCUGACGUCGUUGACAUCGCCUCACUCGGCCGUGUAUGCAAUCUUGAGCAAAUGGUGCUCGCCGUCAUUACCUGUCGAGCCAACCUUAUAUUUACGCGCAAUCGACAUCACCAUCCGGCUCCUGCACAGGGUUGAUGAUUCACUGGCGAUUUCACGGCUGUGGGAAGACUGGACUGCAGCUAUUCCGUAUGCAUCGGUUCUAUCGAGACUGCAAGCUCGUCCUGAAGGCAUAUCAACGGCACUGGAAGAGCUGCUUGGACCGAACAUACCAAGAUGGCAUAGUUGGGCCUGCUGGCGGCCACACGGAGAUCGUAUACUGCGAUGGCAGGCGUUAUGGCAUGAGAAGCAUAUGCGCGCAUUGUGGACGCUGCUAGGGCCAGAUCCCGAGAGCCUCGGCGGCACAUGUAGAGAGAUUUCGCCAUCAGCACCAGCAUAUCACAUUACGAACGGCACAUUCAACCAUUGGCUCAAAACCAACGGCCUAACACCCGGUCCUCGACUACUAGAUGCAGAUGCCAAGGAGCUGAGAAGGUUCUCGGAUGAUCUAUUCUGCGCGGUCGACGGGAUAUGCAGCGAUGGCCCCAUAGGCACAGAAGCAUUGUUUUUCGAGCAUGUUUGUAUGGACAAGCAGCUUGGCCUCGAUGACCACGCCCUCCACCUAAUGAAACUAUGCAAAGAUGCGAUAUCUGAGGAAGCUCAGGCCUUCCUCAUGAUGGUCUUGCAACGGGAGGACGCACCACUGGCCCCACGCUGCCUGACAUCGACCAUCAUCAAGGGGCUACGGAUUCUCGACAAAGAUGCUUACGCGGAGCUGCGAACGUAUCUCAAGGACGACAUCAUGACGCAAGUCUACCGGGCCACAGACUCUCUCAGGAACCAGUAUCUCGAUUGGGUCGGACACGACCAGGCCUUGCAAAGCGCGCACGCAAAUGCCAUUAGUAGCUUCCAACUAGCCCUCACCCCAUCGUCCUCGUGGCUACAAGGGGCGGAGCUGAGGGAGACAAGCUUCGAUGCCGAACACGGCAUUUGGCUGAAGAGUCUAUACACGUUCUCUGCCUUGUACAAGGCCAUCGUUGCUGACAACGGUACACUGGAAGUUCUCGCGACAAAGUACAUCCGAGACUUCGUCUUUGGAAAUGAUACCACUGGCGAUGAAGAGCUGGCUUUGAUGCACCAUCUCCAUGCGCUCUGGGUGCGAACGACUUCUAGCAGUAAGCGUUCAGCAGCAUUGUCGCUCGCCGGCGCGCAGGACACUCCGCUCGUUGCUCGCACUGGGUGUAUCAUCGACCUGGCGCUGUUGCAAGAGGCUUCAGCCCGAGCACUCUCUGCAUGUAUCACGCGAUCCACCGACUCAAGUGCUUCUGAUGUGUGCCGGCAAGCUAUGGCACUUGCUGCGGAUGCUGUUCAGCAGCCUGGUAGUCACAAGGACUGUUGGCGAAGCUUGGUGCGGUAUGUCAUGGGCAUGUACCGCUUAUCACCUCAGUAUGUACUGCAGCUGCGGACUUUUACAGACUGUGCAGUCAGUACAUACGAGCACUGGAUUUGGAAUCUGUAUAGGGUCUUUGACGAUACUAUUAGCCAUCUCGACGCAGCUCUGGCGUGGACACAGAGACUGAGUGCGUACAGCAGAACUCUGGACGACCUUCACGCCAUGCCGAACUCGAAUCAGAGCAUUCGCUGCAUUUACACUGCAUUCGACAGGGUGCAAUCAGAGACUGUAUUUCAGGCCCUGAGCUGUGUGAAGCAAGAAAGUCGAGAGGAGCGUCGAACUGCAAUGCUCCACAUUCUACAGUGUCUGACAAACACCCAUGCAUAUGCUGGGACGACAUUGGCUGGUGUGCAACUGAUCAAAGAAGCUUCACAUUCCUGCUUUGAGCAGUGUUGUAAGCUUAUUGAUCUGUCGUUGACCCAGUCUCUGUACGUCGCAGCUGUGCAGCUCAAUGUCUGGCUAGCGACCACAGUUCUUGACCAGAGCACAACGAAAGCGUUGCAAUGUCUUGCUGUAGCAUUACACCUACCACCGACUGCGAAGGCGGAUCUUGCUAAAGACUACUUUCUGCGCCGAGUAGCAGACCUGAUGAAGGGAGCAGCCGAGCUCGACGCUACGAGGGCCCAAUUGAAGCGUACAGACAAAUCUGGCGUGGCAGCCCUUCUGCUCAAGCUCAAGAUAGAGGACACUACAUCGACGACAGAUGAUGAGAAUCUAAGUCUGCCAGAUGACAUUAUCAACAUGGUCGAACAGGUCGACGAGAGAACACUCGAGCUCUCAUUUUCCACGGCCCAUCUGAAGCUGCUGCAGCGAAAAGCGAUGGGUCUGACAGCAAGUGAAAGCAUCAUUGUCCGCAUAACAAGAGCGCCCAGUGGCUCGUGGGAAUCGUUCUGUGUACAUGUGUGUGAUCCACAAACAGACUGGCACAGCAUCAAGCACAAUCCCAUGAAGCUAAGCCAAUCAACGCCACAUCGUUUACCCUGUGAGGGAAGAGACACACGUAUCGGCUAUGCUAUUAUGAGGAGCGACUGGAGGUGGCUAGUAUCGACCCACAGCACACGAGGAACAUCAGUCGGCGUCAUCUACAGGAACAUCGAGCGUGCCAUCAAGCUCUUUGGCAACCAUUGUAUCGUGUGCGAUCAGUCCUUGCAAGCUGACCUAUACCGGCCAACUCUCUGCGCUGCGAACGGAUGUUGGGCGAUCUGGAUACAGUCGAGUCUGGAAGUACGACUAGCAGAUGUCCGUCUUGAUGAGCCUGUUGUUGAACUAUUGUUGGCAGCGGUGCAAGCCUCCGUUACGUGGAUGUCGAUCAAAGGUACCCUAGACCUCUUGCCUACGCGCCCUGCUCGGCUCAAUCAGAAUGCGCCGCUGUUGGACCUCAUGAACAAGAUACCUUCUAUAGCAACGGCAGUGAAAAGCUUGGAUGAUCUCUAUCAGAUCAAGUCGAAGUAUAGUCUUCGCGGCGAACUGUUGCUAUCAUGGCUCUGCAACGGCUACAAAGGCGUCCUUGCCUCCGCAAACUCGGGGCCUCUGCGCAUUCCUAACCUCCCGAAUGUCUUACAAUUCGUCAUGGUCGAUAGCCCUCCACCAAUCGCUGCGGCUUUCGCCAAACAUGACCACCUGCAACCGCGACAAGUCCUCUUCCAUGGUACCAGCAUGGACCGUCUUUGGCCAAUCCUCUGCCAGGGCUUGAAAGUCCUCAGCAGCACAAGCUUCCAGACUCAUGGUGCUGCACAUGGAAGUGGUAUAUACCUGGCAGAGAACCCCUCUACUGCUGUGGGAUAUGCUAGUCAAGCCCCAUGUCAACAGCCGACGUUUGCUGCUCAGCAUUCGGCUUAUGUGAAUAAGAAAGUGUUGCUUGGCAUUGAGUAUGCCGGGAACGACGCUUCUCGCGGCAACGGCAUUCAUGUUGCGACAGAUCCGACGAAGCUGUUGUUGAGGUAUAUCUUCUUGCUGCCCGAAGGCUUCCGAGCGCCGAUUGCGAAUCACGUUGUUCCUGCUAUGCUUAGCAAUAUCAGCACGUUGCGCAGUGGGGUAAGGAAGACGUGA